CCCUCAUGGAUAGGCCACCCCUUCGGCGUGCUGGUGCGCACGCUCAAGUUCGUGGCCUUUGCGCACAUGAUCUGGGAUUACGGCAUCUCGAUGGCUCCCGCGUCCGGGCCGUCGAUGCUCCCGACAUUUGAGGUGCUUGGCGAGUGGCUUCUCGUGUCCAAGCUGCACCGCUUUGGCCGCAACGUGUCGAUCGGCGACGUGGUGGCCUACAGCAUCCCCAUCAAUGACGAGGUGGGGGUGAAGCGCGUCUUGGGCCUUCCGGGCGACUACGUGCUCGUGGACGCCCCCGCCGAGAGCGGGAGCGGUCUUUCUCUCUCCCUCUUCUGCCAGGUGCCCCAAGGUCAUUGUUGGAUUGUGGGCGAUAAUUUGGUGGCCUCGCGGGACUCGAGGACCUUCGGCCCAGUCCCGCUGGCUCUCAUCAGAGGCAAGGUCAUUGCGACGUUCAGGCCGUUCUCUGAAUUCAAGUGGAUGGCCAAUCCCUUGCAA